AUGGCUACGCUAUACCACUCCUCGGGGGCGAUCCUCCUCGGUGGCCUAGUGGCGAUGUUCUUGUCGGGCGCGGUCUUAAUGCAGGUCGUUCUGUACUCGAGGGUCUACACCUCGGAUCCCAUCAAGACGAAGGCCAUGGUUAUCUUCAUCUGGGUGCUUGACUUAACCCAUUCCAUGAUGGUUUGCAUCGCAAACUGGCAAAAUCUGGUCGUAAACUUUGGGAUGUUUGACAACUUGGAUCAUAUUACCUGGUGGGUAAAGCGACCUUGUCUUCUCUGGUUACCCACCGAGCCUCAUGUAUAUCGGUCACCGCAGUAUCUACUAUGGAGAUGUCAGCUAGGACACAACAGAUCACACCGUACGACAGGAAACUUACUGAUAUUGCUUAUUUUCAGGAUACGUCUGCGUAGCUUCGAACAAUUUGUUAAGCGUUUUGGGUUGCAGUAUGUCUUCACACUGGGCUUAUCAACGUCGACUUCUCUCGACAUUGUGAUCACUGGGACCUUGUGUCUCUAUUUGCGGCGACGGAGGAGCGGGAUGGCAAAGAUGGAUCGCAUCAUCAGCGUUCUCACACUCUACACGGUGGAGAAUGGGAUGCUUACCUGUGUCACCACGGCGAUCUCCUUAGUGUGUUGGCUGAAGAUGUCGAACAACCUCAUUUUCCUCGGUUUGCACCUGGCAAUCGGCAAGCUGUACGCGAACUCGAUCAUGGCAAGCUUGAACGCGCGCAAGUCGCUCUCGAACCGGUUGGAAAGCUCUGGAAAUAGUGAUGGGUACCCAUUGCCGGUGGUAUUCCCCAGUUCGGGCUAUAGUCCGCGGAGCCCGACUGCGCCCUGGGAGGUAAGUUCUGGAUCGCCGCACCAGAAGCCGCAUCGCCUCUGA